GUUGACUUCUGUUGCAUGUCUCAGGGCUUUAAGGACAAUCUUCAUGCGGUUUUCUGCCUAGCUGAGAACUCAGUGGGACCUACAGCCACUCGACCAGAUGAUAUACACACACUGUACUCCGGAAAAACAGUGGAGAUAAACAACACCGAUGCUGAAGGAAGGCUGGUGCUCUCUGAUGGUGUUGUAUAUGCAAGCAAAGAUCUUUCUGCAGACAUCAUACUGGACAUGGCAACACUGACCGGCGCUCAGGGAAUCUCCACGGGGAAGUAUCACGCUGCUGUGAUGACCAACAGUGAGCAGUGGGAAGCCGCUUGUGUGAGAGCGGGCCGCAGCAGCGGAGACCUGGCACAUCCUCUGGUCUACUGCCCCGAGCUUCACUUCAGUGAAUUCACCUCAGCUGUGGCUGACAUGAAGAACUCUGUGGCGGACCGUGAGAAUGCACAGAGCUCCUGUGCUGGCCUCUUCAUUGGCUCUCAUCUGGGUUUUGAUUGGCCAGGCAUUUGGGUACAUGUGGACAUCGCUUCACCAGUCCACGCUGGAGAGCGUGCCACAGGUUUCGGUGUGGCCAUGCUCUUGGCUCUGUUCGGCCAGGCGUCUGAGGACCCCUUGCUCAACUCUGUGUCGCCGUUGGGUGCCACCACAGCCAAAACUGCCUCUGAAGACCACAUGGAGAGGGACUGCAAGAGGAGGAGACUAGUCUAAGAUGAUUUCAAACUGUUUUUAAUCUUCAAAAUGAUUAAAUCUCAGUCACGCCUUGUA